AUGGCCCAAAUACAGGCAAGAGAGAUUUCUCAACCAGAUCGUGUGAUUAUGGUGGUUCUUGGAGAAACUGUAACUCUUCAGUGCUUGAUAACUAAAGAAACAGGCCGUGUUUUCUUCUGGUACAAGCAAACAGUGGGAGAAAAACCUCAGCUUGUUAUGCAAGCGCAAUCACUUGCAGUCCACUCAUUUGAAAAUGUCAAUCAUUCACGCUUCAAAGCGGAGCAAAGCAGGGAGAAAAUUAAUCUCAUAAUUGAAAACACUGAACCAUCUGAUGAAGCAACAUACUUCUGCGGAGUCCAGAUACUGUAUUCCAUUAUAUUUGGAGAGGGAACAUUUUUGACAUUUAGUGGUAAUAUUCUUUCACAUAUUACAGUUGUCCAAAAUCCGGUGUCUGGGUCAAUUCAUCCAGGAGACACAGUGACUCUGCAGUGUACAGUACUCGCUGAGAGAAGUACAGCAGAACUCAAUGUGUUCUGGUUCAGACCGACUUCAGAAGAAACCCAUCCAGGAACUAUUUACACUUCUAAAAAUAAUAGCAAUCAGUGUCAGACUACUUCAAAAACAAAAAACUGUGUCUACAACCUUGCCAAUGUGUCUCACGCUGGCACUUACUACUGUGCUGUGGCCAUCUGUGGAAAGAUAUUGUUUGGGAAUGGAACAAACCUGAAAAUUGCAAAAGAACAGCAGGGAAAUGUUUUUGGUGUUGGAGUGGCCCUGGGUUUGUGUGCAGUUGUGAUUCUUAUUUUAAGCUGUGCAAUCUUCAGUAUGAGAAUUUAUAAACAGAAUAAAGAUGUUCACGGAAGACAAGACCUUGAUGCAGCAGUACAGAGAAGUUAUGAGCUCCAUCCAAGGCCUUCCAUUCCAGAUGCCUACUCCACCUCUAGAUCCUCCAAGCACUCCAGUCCCAGUGUCUGCUCUGCUUUCAAACUCUUCAAAACCUCUAAACCCUCCAGUCCUGUAAACAGCACCAUUCAGACCUCUAGACUCUUCAGUAGCAGGAACCAUGCAUUGGAGUGA